AUGGCCCUCGUCAUCGCUCCGGCCGUCGUCAUCGUCGCGGCCAUGGCCAAAACGGCAGUCGCCCAUCUUUGCCCUACCACGGCGUUCUCCGGACCAGGCAUGGGGACCCUGACAGCGCUCCAGCCCUCACUAUGGAACGAGUCCUCAGUAUGGACUAACGCCCACAAGCCCAGUACGGAUCAUCGCCCUGUCCUGUCCUCAGACACUGGCCCCGUCCAAGCUUCAAGCCUCCCCUGGCCAGCCACGUGCAAUGGCGCACGCGCUGCAGGGAUAGGCUUCCCUUUUUCGCCGCUUGGCGUCCCCGCGCUGGAAUGUAAAGAAUUGCCCUGCGAGAGAGAGGAAAAAGACGCCGGGCGAUAG